UGGGCGGGGCGGGGCCCUCCUCCCUGUGUGGCCGCAGAUUGCCUGCCUGGUCCUGGUCCUGGGCUUGGCUUGGGCAUCGGCGAUGGGCGUUGUCUGGGUUUGGAUCUAGAAAUUCACGGAGCGGGGCAUGCAAUCGGGAUUGCAUAGGAUAGAUGAUGGCUCCUGGGGUCCCCCUAUCAUCAUCAUCAGCUUGUUGCCUGCCGUCUGCUUGGCUUUGCGUUGAGUCACUACUGCAUCCCCUCAUCGGGAUAUAUGCCGAUUUCUAGACCCUUUUGCCCUCAGUUCAGUGCAGGGUCCAGGUUCCCGUCUUCGCCCUUUUGGGGUUUCCGGUGCUUGGGCUGCUGCUGCGCUCGAGGCUUUCUGUCUGCAACACGUAUCCGCUUGGUUGUGUGUAAUAGUGCUAUUACUACCGCUACAGAAGCUUUCUGGGAACAUUCCAAUUGAGGGUCUGAUCAUCUGAUAUUUCGAUUGCGCAGGGUCUUCAAGUUUUGUUCCUGGAGUAUUCUCUGUGGGCGGUUCUGGAACCCUACCUUGCCGGUUUAGAACUGUGUUGGUGUUUCGCAGGCUGGUACUGAUGCCUUGGGCUCGGGUCGUCCAUGAUGAGGUGGCUCUGAGCUCUUGGUUCUCUGCUUCUGUAGCGCGGAUUCUUCUUCGCUCUCGUCGUAGUAUGAAGGAAUUAGACCACAGUGACUCUACGUAGCGCUAUUGCUUGCUUGUUUACUUGUGUCUCAUCGCGUUUCGACUUACUGGAUCUUAGCGCUUUUUGGUCCCGUUUGCAUGAUGCACAACGUGGUUGCAAGGUCAGACAGUGCUCUGACAUAAUAUCCCAGUCACGUCUGAAGGCUAUUUUGGUCCAUUUUAGGUUUGCCUUCUUAAUUCCUCAGAUUAUGUCUCUUGUUUCAAUGAACUGAGAGUGAUGAUAUAUCUCGUAGUUGUCUUGCUCGAUUCGAAUGCUUGGAUGAGCUGUACUAGGAAAAUAUGCAAACUUAGUGUGUUGCACCCCGGCCUGUAUCCAGUGUUAGCAGCUUUUACCGCAACUAUCCGUUCUUAGAUUGUUUUCAUGGGCCCCACCUAUCGUAUGGUAAUAACGCAGCGACGCCAUAACUCAGGAGGCCGGCGACAUCACUGCAUUGCACGUCCAAUGCCACCGCCCCGCCUCAUCACAGGCGUCAUGCGUUCGAAGCUGCACCAAUCUGCCUGGCCAGCUCCUCUGGUUGUCUCACUUCGCUCUGGAGCAUAAGUGUCCGUUUUCCCAGUUGCUCCUUUGGAUUGUUAAGGCAUGAAGAUCAGAAAGCAAGUUCAGAAGGCUGUGGAACCAGAAUCAGCUGGAGGGCCUUCAUCGCUAGAGACUUCGGAGGGAAACAAGUUUUCUCGGCAUAUUACUUUGGAGACUGAGAAAGGGGGUAGAUUACUACUGGGGAAGUCUCUUUUCGGUGAUUCUAGUCCGCCGAGGAAGCAGGCAGGCGCUCGGUCGACGUCAGCUUCGCAAGGGGGAGCACUGGAUCAUGUUCAAUAUCCUGUUAAUAAUUCGCUGAAUCAGGCAGAAAUGAGAGCGCAAGGUUCUUCCUUAGAACGUGAUCAGACGCAUGAGUCUUUGGAAUAUUCCAACUCGGAAUCUUGGGAGGGCUGGACACUUGGGCAGGAUCACUUGAAUACUAGGAGGAAGUAUGCACGGCGGAGUCUACGAAGUGCAGGUGCUGGCACAUUGGUGUUGCGGGGUGAAAACGGUUACUGCAACGGGAAUGCGGUUGUUGCCUCCCACGCUACAAAGAUCACGCAGCGGAGAUGCAACCUCAGCAGAGGUGAACAUUCUUGUUCAAAUGGGCAAUGUGGCCAUCCAUCACAGGAACCUGAAGGGUCAUUGCUACAUUGUCUUUAUUUGCAGCUCUUAGCUGCUGACAAGGAAGGUAUGACUUUGAAGGAGAUUUUUGCUAGCUUUGCGACACAAACACGAUUCUCCAGCCUUGGGAGGAACUGGAGGGAGCAUGUCAAGGAGCACCUUAAAAGUAAUCCGUACUUUAGAUCAGGAGCGAAGACUCGCUACAUUCUCUGUGAUCCGCCUCACCAAGCUCCAGAGACCUCGAAGGCUGGUGCUAAUGAUCACUCGGUGGACUUAUUUGAUCUCAAUGAGGAACCUAAAGCUUCCAGCAAAUUGGUUUCUGCAGAUGCUAAGAUCAAUCAAGGCGACUGCGACACUGCGCUAUCAAGUCUAGAUCCCUCAGUUGUCAACAUCGAGCGUGAAGGGGUACAGACCCGAAGAAAAGCUUACGAAAGGACGAUUGAGGCGGUGCUAAAUGAGUCAGUCGGGAAAUUUCAGAAGACACAGAAAACUGAUGAAAUUGGUGAGAAUCGAAGCUCAGACGAAUUGUCAACUGCGUCGAGAUCAGAUUUCCACACGGGCACACCAAUGGACACGGAGCCAGAAUCUGCGUCCAUCCGUGGGUUCAAGAAGAGAAAAAUUCCAGUUCAUGACGAAGGCCCCCAGCAAAGUAACGUCCGUUACAUCACAGGAGCUGUUCCAGGGUCGUUGAAGGCGAUGCAGGCUAGGAUUGUAGCCGAGCAAGGCGUUCAGAAUGGAGUCAGAUGCUCAAGAAAGGAUGGCAGCAACAGUCAUUCUAAGUGGCAGUGUCCUAUGAUGGCCAUGGAAGGUAAAUCCUUGUGUAAGCACCACAAUUUUUUGAGUGAGAGGAAGAAGGCCCGCUACAGAAAGGCGAAACGACAUGCCGAAGGGAAACGACCCCUGCGGGACACCAAGUUGGAAAGAAAUGCACGCAGGAGUUCUGUACUGAGCGAGUUGCAAGUUCUGAACAUAUCAGCAGGAAAUUCCUUAAACAAUGGAGAAUGCGGUACCCAGAUUGACGUCGUUUCCGCCCCAACUAUUGUGAACAAGAGCAACAUUAGUUCCACUGAUCGGAUUUUGAGAACUAGAAGUGAUGCUCCCUCGAACGGAUCUCUGGUAGAAAGCAACAACGCCCAGUCUACCGAGGAUAUAUAUUCUGACACCGAGGGAAGAAAGGCAGUAUUUAAGUUCAUUGCAGACACUAGUCGACAAUCCCGAAGCACGCGCAAGCCCAGAAUGUAUCAUGCUGCUAAGAAGACUGUGGAGAAGACUGCUGUGGUAUCAGUUGCGCCGGGAAAGUCGGUGAUGAAGCAGAGCGUGCCUUUAAUACGCCCCCCCUCCAUCCCUCCAUUGCCCAUGCUUUACGGGUUUCCGUGGAAUGAGUGAAAUCGACUCAGAAUAUGAGACUACUCGACGGUUACGAUGCACAACAUCAGCGGCUCGUUAUUCAAUCGGCAAUUAGUAACAGACAACACGUUGGAAAAAUUGGAGCAGGGAUGAUACUGAAUUUAUCAAACUGGCAUUUCUUACGAAGAGCUAGCUCAACGGGGUAUUGUUUAGGAGUCUAGGGAUUUGAAGCUACGGUUUUCAUGGGUUUACGUUGUGGGGUCUACCGAAAAUUGCUAGUCACUACGUACUUGAUAGACAUGGAUGUUUCGAAGAUCAGUUCACCGAAACAGUAUUUAGUGGCGUAGAGUCAAUUAAGUGACGCAAACCCCCUCAAUGCACAACCUUCCAAUGGCAGCUAGUCCUCAAACGUAAUCGACUAAAGCAAUUGUGACCUUCGUAGGGGGUUCGAAUAUGGAUGAUGGUAUGGCUGCUUUUUUAAAAGAGGUGUCACUCUUGGUCUGUUCA